AUGGUGGAGAUCCUCGGUCCUCUCCCUGCUCGCCCGCCAACUCCUCCCAGGCCAGGUUCCCGAAUCGACCAGACCCAUCAGAAGGACCCCGAGUCCUCCCAACCCAUCCAGACCCCCGGGACUUCCCCUCAUACGGCGAAUGCACCCAGGCCUCCUCCGUUAAGCCACGGUUCCAAGCGUGUCAACUUCUCUCCAUGGCUGUAUACCGUCAUCGAGUCUCCGAAUUCCAAAUCGGCCAGCAAAUACAAGGAAACGAAGGGACGAGAGGAGACGGCCUUUGAGAGUCCGCAGGCCAGCGCGGGGAGACCGUUCAAGUCCAUUCUCAAGGAGACCAGUUCUCCGAUUCCCGUGUGGUCACCAAACGUCGAUAAAUUUACAACGGAAUCGCUCGCCAUGCUACUGGAGUCAGUGGUUCAGCAAUUGGCGGGAGAGUCAAUCUCUUCGCGACUCGAUGCAUAUAUGCAAUUCUUUGGAGCAUUGAGGACAUACGAUGGAUUGCUGGGUGGGAAGGAGACCGCAGACAAACUGGGUCUGAUCACGGAUUUCAUCCAACGUGACGUGAGCCGCGACUUGGAAAUUGGCAAGCCUCUGGAUACAAAUCUAGUGAACCAAGCCCUGAAACUGUCCGCUGCAUUUAUAUGGCAAACCGACAUCUCAACGCAUCUGUCAGAUGAGUUCAAAGUAUUUCUCGUGGACCACGCAAUCACUUCCCUUCAAGAAGCCAAAGCACCGAAGUCUGUCCUAACACACCAUAUGUCGAUUCUUUCUACGCAGAACUUCAGCUCCAAAAUCAUGACAACUCUGCGAAUUACUCGUCUCCUAGCGGCAUUGCAAGAUAUCACCAAACAUGUUUCCGGCAAAGCCAUCGCCCUGCAUCGAUUGAGCAUCUACCAGCGCCUUCUCGCACAAUCCAAGUCGAUUUUUAUCUCACAAUCUUCGUUAUGGGUGGAACACUUGGUCUUUGGCUUGCUUCAUCAUGUAAAGGACACCCGGUCGAAAGCCAUCACUCUUGGCUUUCAAAUCUCCAUGGCUGCGGGCCCGACGCCUGCUCUGUCGAAUAACAUCCGGACUCUUUUCGAUCGGCCACUCGAGGGUGAUCGAAAGCUAGUAACAGAAGUUUUAGAGCGGAUGUCGCGAAUGGUGGCAUCUCUAGACACGGGCAUCCAUGUGCCGCCGAUUUGGAGCAUCGUGAUUCUUCUUUUGCGGAGCAAAAAGUGGAAUUUGGACCAAUGGGAGCAUUUCAAGGAGUGGGUGCUGGUCCUUCAAAGAUGCUUCAACUGCAGUGAGCCUGUCAUCAAAGCCCAGGCCAUUGCAAGCUGGAAUCGGUUUGUCUAUGCAGUCAGUCCCAACGAGUCGACUGGUCGAUCGUUGAUCAAGAUGCUGGGGAAACCGGUUAUUUCGCAGUUCGAGCGAAAGAAGUCCGACAAGUCUGCAUUGCCGCCCACUCAACUUGCCCUAGGAAGCUAUUACAAUUUACUUUAUUACGCCUUCCGGCCUUCGUCCCCCCACCAUCAUCUCGAUCUUAUAUGGGAGGAAUACAUUGCAAUUCCCUCUACAACUAUCUUUUCAACCAUUCCAACCCUCAGCGAUAGCGCAGCGCUUGUGUUGGCAAACCUGCUAUGGUGUCCGCAGGCUAAAGUUUGGGCAGAGACUCGGAUCACUGACAGCGCCAAAAUGGAAGUCGAGGAACUCCCUUCGGUUGACUCCCGAUGGGUCCGUUCGAAAGUUUUGUCAGUUUUAGAGGUUUUCGAGUCUCUCUUGAAGUCUUCGAUCUGGGACGAUGAGGCAAUCGAGAAAUCAAAUAUCGCCCUCGCAUGGAACAGCCUGGCUAGUGCUCUCUCGCAGGCCUCCAGCAAAGAAAUUACCCCUUCCGGGGAAUCCAUGCAGGCUGUUGCCAGCGUUCUUGGUUUCUUACAUCGUCUCUGGCUUACAGGGCCGUCAUCUUUGCAUGCCACCGGCGAGUGCUGUGAGGACGCUUUUUUCGAGCGAUUCUGUUUCUUGGCGAGAACCAUGAUUCUUUCGCUUGGAGGUAUUCCCUUCACAGAGAAACUCAUGCUGAAAACUGCCGAUGGGACAUUCCAGAUCUCCAAUACUCCCGCUCAUCGCUCUUCUGCCCCGGGUACUAAUCUGGAUAGCCCUAUCUUACAUCUUUUGCGCACAAUCAGCAAGACCACUAUGAUUCCGUCGCCAACUCCAUCAUAUAUCCGCCUUGUGGAUGGAACAAUUGCGGCAUCUUGCAAUGGAAGAAUUUCCCGUGGAUCUCGUCUCGAACUACUGCAACAAUGUGCCGACUUGAGUAUCACGGAAUACACGUCCCCCUCCUACGACCGGCAUCUAUUGGAGGCGGUUUGGAAAUCCACCGCACGUGCUACAGCAGAUGCGUUGCAGUCCUUCCCCAUUGAAUCUGCCCGAGAACGUGAUGGAUCUGUUUCGCGGGACUACGAGAAUAUCACCAAGAUUCUUGUUGCUGGUGUUCGCUUUCCUGGUGCUUUCGAAGAGUGGUCACGGCUGCUUGAAUCGUCUGUGCGUGUGGUAAGGACAGAGAAAGGAGACCGGAUCCUCACAAGUCUGAUUGUAGAGCCCAUUGCUGCCAGCCUGAUUUCCAUUUCAGCUCCUGAGACUUAUUUACCUACAACUUCACUACUUGGUCAAUCGCUUUCCAUUCCAUUCGCGCAGGAGACCGGGCUUGGACUUGAAAGAACCGUCUCUCAGCCGAUGAGCCCCCCGUCUUUUCCCUGUAAACUAUUGGAAACGGUUGGGAGAACCUUACAGUUGGGCUACAGCAGCUUCGAUGCCUCGCAAACCCUUGAUCUAUCGGGUUUCAUUGAGUCUUUGACAUCUUUUCUAAGUUCUGGCACACCGUUCUUUCGCUCUCAGGCACUCGAGACUCUCCAGGCACCCCUUGGACUGUGGAUGCAAGAUUCUGAAUGCAAAGUUGAUGUUACACGCGGGGUAGACAGUCGGGCCCUGACUGCAUCCCAGGCGCUUUCAUCUGCCGUCCUCAGCAUUUUGCAAACUGCUGUUGUUGACGAGUUGUCGUCAUUGCAAAGAUUCGAGACCAUCAUCUGCGCUGGCUUGGAAUCACCCCAUCUCUCAAGCACUAAACGAUUUGUCGAUUUCUUGCAAUCGACUAAGACUGCCUCAGAUCCCCUCAUUCAUACCACCGCAAUGGGUCAAGCACUGUCAACUGCGACCUCCAGGCUUUCCGCCCCACCUCACCUGCCGCAAACUGCUGUCCAGGAAGCCAACUUGGUGUCGUCGAGCUCACUCAAGCUAGACCACCAGCGAGGGAACAAGCAAAUUAUAGCGAAGUCCAUUGAGACUGGUGACAUUCACUUCAAUUCGUCACCCGUCAUUGAGGCGAACGAGUCCACACUGCCUGAACGUGCGGAGCUCAGUGAACCUCAAUUACCCACGAGCUCAGAGGUGGCGCUCUUUGAAGCCCCAGCCACAUUCCGGAGAAGUCGGCGUGAAAUGUUCCGAAUGAUUGAAUCUAUCAGAUCGUCGUCACCUGCAAACACGCCCAGUAAAUUAGGCUUCGAUACGCCUGUUCACCUGCGCAGACUGCAUUCUCAGUCAGGCAUUCCCUUGACUCCUACCUUAGCACCAGCAGAGAAUGAGGAGGGCUUCAUCGGCUCAUCUCCUACACCGGCAACCAGGGAUCCGACACCUGCGAUGAACUCAGAUGCCCCGGGAAGGAAGUCUCAAGAUAUAAUUAUGGAAGAUGCGACCGAUAUGCCUUCCUCGCCUCCAGAGCUCACGUCCCGAAGUCCCAGCCCCCAGAAGCUAUCUCGGCGCGCUCAGCGAAGGUCUGCUGCAAAAGCAAGGAAAGCCAAUGCUCAUACGGAUGCUGGGCAACAAAUUGCUAGCAAUAGCCGAGCCACCCCUAGCGACAUGGAGAAUCUUCCCAGAAUCCUUCAGGCAAUUAUCACGGACGAUGUCAAGGAAAAUACUCCAACGCCUCAAAUGGAUGAAAGGCCGCCUAGCCGUCGCACUCGGUCCGCAUUGAGCCAGAGCACUGAAAACGAUCAGAAUGCUGCUCCUGUUGCUACUACCAGCACUCCUGCUAAGACAACGGAAGAGCUGUCCGCUUCUCUCAGUUCAAAGUCAACACCAUCGUCCAAAAAGAGAAAGAGAAAUGGGGCACCCAAAGAAGCGAAUGGAGCAAGUCAGCAAUCUGCUUCAGCUCCUUCUACUCCCAUGCCUCCAGACUAUCUCGUUGAUUCUUCAAGUGAAGAUCUGGAGUCUCAGAUUGCAUCUCAGCUUGAGCAAGAUUUGGAGUCAGCCGUUGACUUGAUUGGCAAGGCGCAUAAGCAGACCGCCACUGGCUCAGAGGCUCCCGAACCAGCCACGAAGAAGAGGAAACGUGAAGAGCAGCACACUCGAUCCAUUACAAAGGACAGGCGACGAUCAACUCGUAUUUCAACUGCGAAGGAUCUCAGGGCCGCCGAUCUAGAGCAGCCCGAAUCUACACCGGCUCAGGAUGCAGCGAUCUCUCAACCUUCUCAAGAGGUCUUCUCUGUCCGUCCCGCCUCGACCACUCCCCGACGAUCAACUCGCAGCUCUCAGAAGAAACACGAGGAGGUCAGGAUGCCUGACUCGCUCCCUGAAACUACCCAAGAGGAGCCAAUUAAGGAGCAAGAGCCUUCGCAGAGGCCAACAAAGAGACCCCGCAAAUCCCUGCGACUCGAGGAUCAGCCUGCUCCUUCCCCCAUUGCGGGAGAGAGCAUAACUGGCAAAACGAGUCGUGGCUCUCGCUCUCGGAAAACACGCUCACCUCCGAACGUAACACAGUCUCAGCCUCUUCCUUCUCAAGAAGAACCGACCGAACUAGAGGCAGCAACCAAGCAAGUUGAGCUUUCCCCUGCUCAGAAGGAUCAGAAGGAUGCUGGCCCUGAAAAUAUUCCUGCUCAGAUGCCAACUGAGCCGAACGUUAGCUUCGCUUCCACCGAGGAGGCCACCGAUUCUCAGAUGACUGAUAUCGGUCCAUCAACCGAAUCUCUGCCUGAGGGCACUGUUGGCAUACAGCCAGAUCUGGAUAUUGUUUCAGACCAGCCAUCGACGGGGGUGGCAGAUCUAGUCAUGAACGUCGCCACUGCCAAACCCGAAACGGAACCCAUUCCUCCCAACCUCGAAUCCGACAUCAGCGAGGCAGGUAUCUCUCAAUCCCUGAAGAAUCUCCUAGACAACAUGAAGUCCGCGAAGUUGGGACCAAAUGCACUUCGCGAAGUCGACGACCUCCUUUUCAAUAUCCGUGUUGAAGCGCAUGACGCGUCACGGCGAUACAACAAUUCGGCAUAG